AGCAGCUCUUCAUCACUGAGACAAACUGAGACUAACCACAGUCAAUAAGCAUCAUUCAGUAAAUAACAAUAUUAUUAAACUAAUAUGGAUUUUUGACCAAGAAUGGCAGAAUUUAUAACCUUUGCAUGACUAUGGUAAUAAAAUUGCUUUCAGCUUGUGAGUUACAGAAGGCGUAAAAGAUAUAAAUAGAAUGGUUCUGAUGUCUUUCACCUCUGCCAAUAGCUGUGGUUUUACUGAGAACAAGCAGCUCAAACUGUCAGUUCAUGUGUUCAGAUCAUUCUUUGCUUCUUCGGUGGAAUCUGGAUAGUUUCAUUUUGCAGCUUCAUCAUGUUUCAACACUUGUUUCUCAUAGUGUGUAAGUUGACAUUCCUUCAUAAGUCUUUUAAAUCUUUAGAGUGUUGGUCUUUAUCACUUUGGACAGAGCUAGAAUACAUAGUUUAAUUUAAUUUAAUUUUUUUUUUAUUUUCAACAGAUUGCUUUUGUCAUAUUCAAGCACAAGGUCAGUCUGUGAUGUCCCAUGUUCACAUCAACAGUUUUAUAGUAAUAUUUAGUUAUUUUCUGUUUGAUUAAUUUAUUUUGUAACUUCUAACUUUGUUCAUUAAACCACAAUUUCUCCUUUUUCGCAGCUCUUCCUUCAGCUAAUCUAAUAGCGAAAAAACACACGAUCACAGAGUCAGACUCAGUUACGCUGCAUUGUCAGACUCCAUCAUCUAUUGCUGUGGAUCAGUGUUAUUUCUAUACUGAUCGAGGACAAACUCCUAAAAUCUUCCCCUGCCUGCAGACACUGACAGGAACUGAUCUACUGUCUAUGUCACAGCAGCGUCCACCUGCUAAUGUUGAAGUCAAGUGUUUUUAUACUGUAAAGUAUAAAGACUCACGUUCUCCGUCUCCACACAGUGACUCAGUCUCCAUCGCUGUACACAGUGAAAAGCCACAGAUGAGCUGUUCUGAUUUGGGUGACCACACUGUUUUCGCUUGCUCUUUGCCUGAAUCUGUUGAACAUGGUACAAAAUGUAACUUGUACAUUGGAGAAGCACAUCAUCCAGUCUCAACAACACCAAUCAUGAAGAAAACCACUUCAAGAAAACAGCAGUUGUGUCAGUUUUAUAUCACGAGAGACGAUUUGCUGAAACUCCUACAAUCAGUUCAGCUAAAGGAGGCCAGCUGUGAUUACAGCCUGGAACAUGAACCCAACUUUGCUUCUGCUCGUAGUGAUGGAUGCAGCUUGACUGGUAAGUCAGAGAAGACAAGUAUAUACAUAUUAAAUGACUUAACAGUGUUUAACCUGACCUGAAUGGUUAUUUUUUGUUUACUGUACAUUGGAAAAGUUAUGAUGCUCUAUUACUAGCUUCUAUUUUACCUUUUAAUACCACAUCAUUAAAGCCACGAGUUAACGGUUCAUCUAAAAUUUUUAAUACUUUAGUUUAUUUCACCAGGUUUUUGUAUUGAAAGUUGUCCAUUGCAUUAGAAAAAUACAGAAAAAGAACAAUCACAGUAACACAGUUUAAGCUGUGGACACUGGUUUCAUUUUGUCUUCUCCUUCAUUUUUAGCCUAUUGGUCAUUAGGGUUGAACAUGUUCAUAGUGAAAGCUGCAAAUAAGAACUGAGACAGAUCACUGUUGGGCGGUUGUGGCCUGUACUCAAAACCUUAUCAGCUUCACAAGUACAACGCUUCCUGUUUUAUCGCUCACAUGUUCCUGCUAACCAAUCAGAGACUAGAGAAAGUUUAGACUGAAGUACUGUGGUUAUGUAGUCGGUUGAUGAAUCGCUCAUACUUUGGCUCUUAGACGAGCUCUCCACAAACCUUAACCAUGAGCUUAGAUUCAUUAUAAGAAACUUAGCUUUGCUUGACGAUCAAAUGUUGUGUUUCUUUUAAGAUGCCAAGGAAAUAGUUUUAUCUGUUGAUAAUUUAUCGGAUGGUAAAAACACACAAGUCUAAACUAUGUUUAAAAAUCAAAUCAAUUUUUGCUGCUUUAGCCAAUGUAAGAAAUUUAAUCAAUAGUCUGUUGUUUCUUCUACAAAUUAGCUCCUCCCACUGUUUCAAUUAUUUAAGCUGAGGCUUAAUAACACAUGUUCCCAUUACACAUUUUGAAUUAGUGUUGAGUCCAACUUUUGCUCCUGUGUCAGUCCAAAUGAUCCAGCUAUUUUAGAAAAACAUGAGCAAUAUAAAAUUGAUUAUUGUUGUGGUUCUCUGGUAUUGUACCUUUUUAGUAAACUUGACAUGGGCUCAGGUCUUUUACUUCAAUGGAUCACUCCACAUCAAUAUGAACGAAUGACUGCGCCCUCAACUGGCGGUCACAGUCAUUACACACAGUCCAGUUAUUGAGCACUAAAUGCUGAUUCUGAUCUACAGUACCACAAUUAGAGACAAUAAAUAUUCUGAGUUUAUGUUUUCUGACCUAUUUAGCCAACACUGUGCUACAGUAGAUGUUGUCUAUUUUCUGUUCAAGUGAAGGCGUGACCUUCUAUUUGUCACAUUCACUCCUGAUACUUAGUGUGGUUUCCUGAGAGCAACUUCUGCAAACAGAUAUUUAGCCAUAGGUUAAAGUCAGAGCAGUCAGAAAAGUAUUGUGUCUGAAGAAAGUCUGGACAUUCACACAAUGACUUCAGUCCUGCUGCUAUUUGUUCUAAUGUGUAAGUUAAAGCUCUAAUUAAUGUUUCCCAAUAUUAGAAUUGUGUACAAUACACUGUGGUAUUUUGUUAAAUAUGAUUAAUAGGCUAAAUUCAGUUUUAUGAAACAGUUUAGAGCAGUUGAUGAUUAAUUUUUGCAUCUUCUUUCUUACAGAUUCAUUUUCUGGUAUAAAAACACAAGGUGGGUGUAAGUUUAAUGAUGGUUUUGUUAUUAACCAUGUGAUCCAACAUAAUUUUACCAUUAACAUUUCAGGUCUGGUUCCACCUGAACUGACAGUGACUCCACUGGUGAUCACAGAGUCAGACUCAGUCACUGUGAACUGUCAGACUCCAUCAUCUGUUCCUGUCUAUCAGUGUUGGCUCUACUCAGUGAGGGAUCAAACCUCCAGAGUCGUCUCUUGUCAUCAGACACUGACAGGAACUGAGCUGAUGAAAAUGACUCAUCAAAGUUCACCUGCUGAUAUUGAAGUUACAUGUUAUUACACUGUGGAGCAAAGAGGAACUAAAUCUCAAUCUCCACUUAGUAACUCUAUCAUCAUACAGAGUCUGGUUCCACCUGAGCUGACCGUGACUCCACUGGUGAUCACAGAGUCAGACUCAGUCACUGUGAACUGUCAGACUCCAUCAUCUGUUCCUCUGAGUCAGUGUUACUUUAACUUUGGUAAAGACAAACCUGCCAAACCCUUCUCUUGUCAGAAGACGCUGACAGGAACUGAACUGCUGCAAAUCACAAACCAAAAUUCACCUGCUGAAGUUGCAGUCAGCUGUUUUUACCUUAAAACGCAUCGGGCUCCAAACAGUAAUGUGUUCUCCAUCAGCAUACGACUACCUCGGCCUGAGCUGACAGUGACUCCACUGGUGAUCACAGAGUCAGACUCAGUCACUGUGAACUGUCAGACUCCAUCAUCUGUUCCUGUCUAUCAGUGUCACUUCACUGUGAUGGGACUUUUACUUCUUAGAGACUCGUCUUGUCGUCAGACAGUGACAGGAGCUGAUCUGUUGGACAUGACAGGUCAGAGGUCACCUGCUGAGGUCAAACUUACAUGUUAUUACACUGUCAAGCUUGGAGAGAGAGAGUCUACAUCCACACACAGUCAAACAUCAUCCAUCACCGUAAACCCUCUUCACCAGCCUGAGCUGACGGUGACUCCACUGGUGAUCAUAGAGUCAGACUCAGUCACUGUGAAGCUUGGAGAGAGAGAGUCUACAUCCACAGACAGUCAAACAUCAUCCAUCAAUGUACAGACUAAUGCAGAAACACAGAGUGUUCCAGCAGCUACUGUCACCACAGGUGAAACUUCUGAUCUGUCGAGUAACACUGCUGUUUCUAGUUCUACUUCUCCAACAGCAUCAGGUGAGACUGCUGGUCUUUCAACUAGUACUUCGACUUCGACAUCUGUGGACUUGGCAUCAGCAAUUCCUGAAGUGAGCAGAUCUACUUUAAUUAAUUCCAAUGAAUAUAUAAAUCCAACAACAGGAAGCCUAAUGAAGAAGCUGCUUGUAAUUGUGACCAGUUUUGGAGCAAUUGUGGGUGUUACUUCACUGGGACUGGUUCUGUUCUGUGUAAAAAGAAGAAACGUAAAAUCUCAUUAUCAAAGACCACAGGCCAAACAGACUGAUGAGCUGUUGGAGAUGAGAAACAUCAGUCAUGGAGGACUGGUCCCCAUAGGUUGUAAUGAAGGCUACAGUGAGAUCACAUCAGCACCUGGUGUUGCCUCCAACACAGCAAAGUCAAAGCGACUGAACAAUGAGUCGGAUAUUUACCAUGUUUACGCCACGAUCGCAGAGGAACCAGCUGAAGCAGCUCUGCCAGCUGCAUUAUACAGCACGCUGCAGGCUGUCUGAGGACCACAUGAGCAUUAGACAACGUGAAGGCAGGCUGUUAACGCUCAGUACAAGGCUGGACCAGUGACAUGAGUGUUGUCUUUAUGACUGAACCCAACUUAACUUAACUUAAAUGAAAUGCACUAUAAUGUCUUGGUAGCCUGAUGAUAAUUGUUUUGCUCAUUACUUUUGACUUUUGUAAGGAACGCUGACACCGACAUUCUCAAAGACAAAUCCCUGGUUUGGUUUGUUAAGGAAAGAAAUACGUCUGUAAUUUGCUUUCUUUUAUAAUUUAAAAACGUUUUAAUUUUCACAACAUUUUCUAUGAUGGGGUUUAGUGCAUCAGAAUAAAUUCUCAAAAGCUA